AUGCCCAAGCUUGUACCUCUCAAUGUGAACAGCCUGCAGAGCUUAUUUUUUCGUCCGGUCACAGAAGAAUAUAUCUCAAGCAUAAUAACAAAUUUGAAAAGAUCGGAUUCUACUGGAGAUGAUGUUUACAGCACCAAUUUACUGAAGAAAUGUUACAUGCAGUGGCCUUUGGGCCACAUAAAGUUGGACAGCCCUGUAGUAGAUCAGCAGCUUCUUCUACACAAACUGGAGCAGUACGGAGUGAGGAGACUUCCACUUAUGUGGUUUGAGAGCUACCUGAGCGAUAGCUCAGAUAGAUCCAGUAUGUACAAGUUGAUAACCACAAAUCCCGCCCAACUAAAUGCGGCAUUGGAGUUCCUCAGAGCUCAAUACUCGGACCUAUGCUAUAUAUAA